GACUGAUCAAGAGGGGGCGCUGUUUCAAAGGAACGGUGGUUGUGCGAAAUUCGUCGGCGUCGCGUCUUGUUACGACAAAUUUAUUUCUCGAUUAGGCCUAUACGGUCGUCAUUAACAAGUUUUGGAGACAGAGAGGUACCACGCCUGAACUGCAGCCAUGUCCCUGGCCGAUGAGCUCCUUGCAGACCUGGAGGAGAUUGCGGAGGAAGGAGAUGAAGUGGAGGCAGUCAACGAUGACGACGGAGACAUCGAAGACGUGGAGGAGAUCAGUAUGGACGUGGAUACGAAAGUGGACUCCAUCACAUCCAUUGCCAAGCUCAGACACAGCAAAGAGUUGAAAAACGUGAUGGGACAAAUCGAGUACUUCCAGGAGAAUCCUCGAAAGGAGGAAGUGGUUGGUCCCGUGGAGGCAGAUCCAGAAUACCAACUCAUUGUCCAAGCAAACAACCUGAGCGUCGAGAUUGACAACGAAAUCAACAUCAUCCAUAAAUUCGUUAGAGAUCACUACCAGAAACGCUUCCCUGAGCUGGAAUCCCUGGUCCCCACACCCCAAGAGUACCUGCGGACGGUCAAGGAACUAGGCAACACCCUCGACAACACGAAGACCAACGAGCAGCUGCAGGCCAUCCUGACAAACGCGGUGAUAAUGGUGGUGAGCGUGUCGGCCUCCACCACCCAGGGGACAGAGUUGACGGAGGAAGAGUUGGCAACGGUCUUUGAAGCAUGCGACAUGGCGUUUGACUUGAACGAGGCCAAAUCCAGAAUCCAAGCCUACGUGGAGUCACGCAUGUCGUUCAUUGCACCCAACCUCUCCGUCAUUGUCGGCUCGUCAACUGCGGCCAAGAUCAUGGGUGCUGCAGGAGGAUUAACAAAUCUCUCCAAGAUGCCGUCUUGUAACAUCCUGGUCCUUGGAGCACAGAGGAAGACGCUAUCAGGGUUCUCCAGUGUGGCCACUAAUCCCCACACAGGUUACAUCUACUACAGCGAUCUAGUUCAGGCCACUAAUCCAGAUUUAAGGAAGAAAGCAGCACGUCUUGUCGCGGGCAAGUGUACCCUCGCUGCCAGGGUCGACAGCUUCCACGAGAGCACCAUCGGCACGGUCGGACUGAACCUACGCGAGGAGAUCGAACGGCGGCUUUCCAAGCUGCAGGAGCCGCCCCCUCCCAAGCAGGUGAAGGCUCUGCCAGCCCCCAUCGACGUCAGCAGGAAGAAGCGUGGUGGACGAAGAGUGCGCAAGAUGAAGGAGAAGCUGGGCAUGACCAGCAUGCGUAAGGCGGCCAAUCGCAUGACGUUCGGCGAGAUCGAGGAGGACGCUUACCAGGAAGACCUUGGCUUCUCCCUGGGUCAGGUGGGCAAAGCGGGAACGGGCCGUAUACGAGGACCACAAGUGGACAACAAAACGCAGGUCAAGAUAUCCAAGAGCUUACAGCGCCAGCUGCAGCGCCAGCAGACACACGGCGGACGAUCGACGGUGAGGGGGAGAGAGACGUCUGGCACAGCGUCCAGCGUGGCCUUCACGCCGCUGCAGGGUCUGGAGAUCGUCAACCCACAGGCGGCAGAGAAGAAAGCGUCCGAAGAAAAUGCUGGGUAUUUCUCAACGACCUCAGGCUUCAAAAGAGUCUUGUCUGGAGCCAAAUGACCUUUCCUGGAAGAUGUCAUUUAGUAGUCAUGAGGUCAUUGCCAUAGCAACCAGAAAAUCCAUCGUUUAGUUGUGCGGUGAUAUCUUUAAUACCACAUACCUUGGCUGGUCCCACGACUUUAAUACACAGAAAGCUCUGUACACAAUUUCUGUGGGUUACCAGGGAAGUGGUGAAAAAAAACUGUGCCGAAAGUGAGGUCACUGAUUUGGUAUGUGGGAAGCAUGCAUGCACAUGCUGUUUUGGCAUUAUGGCCUAUUUGACAUCAUGAGGGCAUGCUGAAUCCAACUUCAGAAGCACAUAAUGAUCGUUUCGGAAAAGAUCGGUCACAGUGGCUUUAAAGUGUUGGUCAAGGAUUUUUUACUCAACAUGACAUGAUUAGGGUAAGGCAUUAAAAGGCUUCAGUGUUUUUUGACGUGUUCGUUGUUUUGGAAUAGUGUCUACAUAAAACCGAGUUACCAUGAAUGCCACCCUAUCGCAGUUGGGGUAACAUGUAUAGCGCCCUCAAUAUCCGUAAUAAAGCAGAUUGUAUUUGCCUGCCCAGGAUGGC